AUGAAAAGUAAGACGGCUAGUAAGUUUCCCUUUAAUACCAGUGAUAACAAGUGGCUUUUUGACUCCACUAGCCUUAUUAAGUAUGGGCUCAACUUAACCAUUCAGUUCGCUUCUAUCAAAUUAAAAGACUUUGAAUCAGCCAACACAAUUAAAAGGAGGAGAAGGUCACUGGUUGAAGACAGUGAUUACGAAUCUGAUAGUGAGAGUAUAAUGGACUACGAGCACGAGCCGCCAAGCCCGAUUUUGGUACCUGUUGAGGCCCCCAAGUCAUCAAUAAGAAGAUCCAGCUUCACCAAAGACGACAAAGACACAAUUUCAUUACAGAUCUGCUACAAUAAAAUAGAAAGCAUUAUAGAUGAGAAUUUUCCAAUGGCCAACGAUUACAACUACAUCACCAUCAAAAAUUUUGUGUGCAAUUGCAUGCUUCAACAAGAAUUAGACAUCAAAGAGUUCCUCAGCAGAAUAGUCAACCACAGGUACAGAAACGAAAUAGCUGACAUUAUUAGCACAAUAUUUAUUGAAAAGUUUGAGGAGAUAAAGUUGGAAGGUUUGAUUGAUUACUUCAACAAUUUCCUAAAUUUAGCUGGUGCUGUGAACAUGAAUAACCCACAAUUUUACGAACAAUACUAUAAGAUUUGGAAAUUUAAAUCUGAAGAUUACUUAUCAUACCACGAAGAAUACUUUUUUGCAUACUUCAAUAAUGGGGGGAAAGCACCUGUCUCUGUGGAACACAUUUUAUUACAAAACGGAUUCUUGAUAAAUUACGCACGGUUCAGGUCAUACUUUGCACAUGAUGCUUUAAAUUAUCAGGAUGAUUGGGAGGAUGACAUUAGUACAGUGAAUACCAGUUGCACUUCUUCUCGUCAGUUGCUGAGUGGUAUUCCUUCAAUGGUGUUGGAUUCAACACCCAAACAUCUUCGAUUCAACGAAGAGGUGGACUUGAUUAGUAUAAAUCGUCUUCUACCUGUGGAUCACGUUUUGUAUGAGAAGUUGUCCAAAAGAUUGUAA